UUCAGCGAGAAACGCGAAGCCAAGCGUCGCUCUCCGCCAGCUCGGGAGUGCGGAAGCGAGCGCCGGAAUAAUCGCAGAGACCCGCGAAACCUCCCGCAAAUUGUUCAGCAGACUCUGCGGUCAGGGGACAGAAAGAUCGCCUCGAUAGAGUGUGCCCUUCCCUGCACCGAAUGCCAACUGCGGAGCGCCGAGCUUCUGCGCUCGGUAUGAGGUGAGAAGCGAACAUGGAACACAGGAAUGUAGACCUUGAGAUGUGUCGUUAUUUCUUAUUUUAACAUGCAAGAUCGUUUGGAGAAAGUGGGAGAAGCUCCCUGCAUCCCUCCUGCAAGCUGAAGUUAUUGCAGCCUUGACUAUAAGCGGGUUUCUCUUUUUUGAAUUUAAGAUUUAAAGGUGUCGUGGAACUUCUGUCGGGUGGGGAGGCGGUAAUCGGAAGAUGUUGCGCUCCGUCCUGGUAAUGAGUGUGUUUGCAAUGACUGGUUUUUCCUCCAAGACCCCGUCAGAGAACCGCAGAAGUGCCAAAGAUAUUUGCAAGCACCGAUGUGCGUGCGAGGAGAAGGAGACGAUGCUGAAUAUUAAUUGCGAGAACAAAGGCUUCACUAAGGUUAGCUCGCUCCAGCCGCCACAGAAUCGGCUCUACCAGCUCUUCCUGAACGGGAACUCUCUGAGCAAGCUGCCUCCCAAAGGCUUCAUCAAUUUCACCAAUACAGUGACACUGCAUCUGAGCAGCAACGGGCUGCAGGAGAUCCGGAACGGCGCCUUCCAAGGACUGGCCACGCUGAAGAGAUUGCACUUGAACAACAACAAACUGGAAGUGUUGAGAGAGGAGACCUUCCUGGGCUUGGAGAGUCUGGAGUACCUUCAAGCAGAUUACAAUUACAUCAGCAUCAUAGAACCGGGCACAUUUAGCAAGCUGAAUAAACUGAAGGUACUCAUCUUGAACGAUAACUUGCUACCCAGUCUCCCCAACAACAUCUUCCGUUUCGUGCUGUUGACUCAUCUCGAUUUAAGGGGGAACCGGUUGAAGAAGUUGCCCUUUGCCGGGGUGUUGGAGCAUAUUGGCGGCAUCGUGGAGAUCCAGUUAGAGGAAAAUCCUUGGAACUGUACCUGUGACCUGAUCCCGCUGAAGGCUUGGCUGGAUACAAUCUCCUUCUUCGUGGGUGAGAUGGUCUGCGAGACUCCCUUCAGACUUCACGGGAAGGAUGUGACCCAUCUGAACAAGCAAGACCUUUGCCCCCGCAAGAGCGCCGUCGACUCCAGCCUGAGGAUCUUGCGCCCCUCGCUGGUUGGCUCCCACCUGCCCCCCACCACUGGCUCGUCCCUCAGCCCGGCCAAACCCACCCUGCGAGGCGGCAAGGCUCAGCGGCAGCCCAAGAACCGCGCCCGGGUCACCCCGAGCCCGAACGGCCGGCAGAUAUUCGGCCCCAUUAUGGUCUACCAGACGAGGUCGCCCAUACCGGCCGGUUGCCCCUCCAUCUGCUCGUGCACCGUCCAGAAUUCGGACAAGGCGCUGAACGUGCACUGCCACGAGAGGAGGAUCAGGAACGUCACGGAACUGCAGCCCCGACCUUCAAACUCAAAGAAGCUCUACCUCACGGGCAACCUGUUACCCCUUGUGCAGGUGAGUGACUUCGGGGAGUACGGGGCAUUGGAGCUGCUUCACUUGGGCAACAAUCGUAUCUCAGCUAUACAGGACGGCGCCUUCCGCAACCUCAGCAACCUCCGCAGGUUGUACCUUAACGGGAACCAUAUCGAAAGGCUGUCGCCCGCUCUGUUUGUGGGUCUGGAACGGCUGCAGUACCUGUACUUGGAGUCCAAUGUCAUCAAGGAGAUCCUAGAAAACACCUUUCAUUCCCUGGGUAGACUGAGCUUACUGUACCUCAACAAUAACCUGCUGCGGUCCCUGCCCCCCAGUGUGUUCGCCGGUACCAACCUGACCAGGCUGAACCUCAGGAAUAAUUAUUUCCCGCACCUGCCCGUGAGAGGGGUUUUGGACCAAUUGUCUGUCGCUGUCCAGAUCGACCUCCAGGAAAAUCCCUGGGAGUGUGACUGUCCCAUCCUGGCGCUGAAGGCAUGGCUGGAGCAAUCUCGGGUUGGGGUGGUGAUCACUGAAGUGGCCUGCGAAUCCCCCGCGAGGUUGGCCGGCCAGGCGCUGAGAUCCCUCAAGGAUGAGGAGAUCUGCUCGGAGUUGCCUCUUCACAGCUCCCACGAGGUCACCCGCAACCCCAAUCUCCCGCAGGACGACGCGGAGCCUCCCAGUCCCGGGACGGCUCAGUCCAGCCCCGUGCCCCUCUCCGUUCUGAUCUUGGGCCUACUGGUGGUUUUCAUUCUCAGCGUCUGCUUCGGGGCCGGGUUGUUCGUCUUCGUGUUGAAGCGGCGCAAAGGCAGCGCAAGUGGUCCGAGCGCCGCCCCGAAUAACCUGGACCUCAACUCCUACCAGCUGCAGUGCGGGCCAUAUGGCUCUGAGCCCGGGGAGAAAACAGAGGCACACGUGUAUAAUUAUAUCCCUCACCCCGUGGGCCAAAUGUGCAAGAACCCCAUCUACAUCCAGCGAGAAGCGGAACAGGUUACCUACUACCGAGACCUGCCCGAUCUGAGUUUCAGUAGUUUGCAGGCGAAGAAGUCACAGCACUUGGGCAGAACGCCCUACUCCAUUAGCACUGUGGAACUACUGGGGCCGCAGCCGCCCCGACACACGGACUCCGUCUACCAAAACCUCGGCGAACGGCGGAAGGCGCUGCCCAGCGGUCUGAACGCCCACUACACCUUCUGCACCUUGCCCAAGCGCCAGUUCGCCAGCUCGUCCCAAGGAGCCCGGCACCAGGAACAGGACAGGCUAAACAAAACGGUUUUGUACGGGACCCCGAGAAAACAGCCGACGAAAAACGACAAUCUUUCACUCCAAGCCAAGCCCCACACAGAACCAGACUACCUCGAAGUGUUGGCCAAACAAACUGUCAUUAGCCAACUGUAGGACAGUGAGAGAAAGUAGACUUUAACUACUAGACAAAUACGUACAGGAUGGGUUAUUCUAACUAGACUUAACUUCGCCUGAGCCAUCACUCCGGGUGAGCUUCAGAACCAACGUCUUUUUCUCCAGAACCCCACUGAAUUCCCGUGAUCAAGGAGAGCAGUAUUUUAUAAUUAUCGGACGUGGCGUCGGUUGCUACACCGACUUCAUAAUUGCCACAAACACACACGAUAUCCUUUUGUUGAAUUUAGUUGUUCUUUGAAGUUAACCAUUUGCUCUUAUUGUGUAAGUUCUAUGUUUAAAAUUUCCAAAGACUUGACUUCAAAACAAAAUAGCCAGCUAUAUGUAGAAUAUAUAUAGCACAGAGGGGUCAAUUUUUGACUGAAGAUUUUAGUUAUUCUCCUUUACUGGAUAUUUCCCUUUUGACGUUUGGGGGUCCAUUUGCACUGUAAACUCUC